AUGAGAAACUCUCCAGGAUCAGGAAGUAGAGAUUCAGGGAACAUCUCAGGGGAAGGAAACAAGAGAAACAGAAGUCUCACCGAUGAUGGAGAGCGCGAUAACUCGAAAGAAGGCGGAUUUUCGGGUUCCGCAACCCCAGGCUCCUUAGUCGCACUGAGCUGGAACAUUUGCGGGUUGGGGAACCCUGCAACGGUCCAGCGUUUACGGGAGAUUCACAAGAGAAACGCUCCCGACAUCUACUUCCUCAUGGAGACCAAAAACGACCUGGAUAUGAUCAAGAAAACUCUUCAUUGGCUCCCCCUUGACAACUACCACGAAGUUCCCCCAAACAGCCCGGGAAGUGGAGGACUAUUCCUUACCUGGAAGAAUGACAUCCAACUCACAGUUAGAGCAAGCAAUAAAAAUUUCAUUGACACGCUAAUUACUGAGAAAUGCAUGACUUUCCAGAUGACUUUUGUGUACGGUGAACCAGAUCACACAAAGAGGCUGGUGGUUUGGAAUGAGCUCUCUACUCUCCACCCACCAACGGGAAAACAUUGGCUGUUAACUGGUGAUUUUAAUGAAAUCACGGACAACAGCGAGAAGAAGGGGGGAGCGGAAAGAGCAGAAGGUUCGUUCUGUGCUUUCAGAACCUUCUUGUCUGAAAACGAGCUGUUUGACGUUAAGCAUUAUGGAAAUUUCCUCUCCUGGAGAGGCAAGAGGAAUCAACAUCUAGUCCAAUGCCGCUUAGACAGGUCCAUAAGCAACAGCGAAUGGAUGGAUAUGUUCCCUUCUUGUAGAAGCCAAUACAUGAGAUAUGAGGCAUCUGAUCAUCGCCCUCUCUUGAACUUCCUAGACACACGAAGGAAAAAGGGGAAAUUCCGGGAGAAUAGUAGAAAAAAGAUAAAGGAGCUUCGAACUAAACUUGAUGAGGCUAUGUCAAAUCCCGUCUUAGAUGAUGACCUGAUUCACAGAACCAACAUGAGCCUAUUAGUGGUGUACAAACAAGAAGAGGAGUAUUGGAGGCAACGUAGUAGACAACUAUGGUUAACGUUGGGUGAUGCCAAUACUAGAUAUUUUCACGCCACUACUAAAGCCAGAAAAUCAAAGAACCGGAUGACAGUCAUAGAAAAUGAGGCAGCCGUACCUUGGUUUGAGGAAGAACAGAUAGCUAAGGCAGUAUGCAACUACUAUGAGAAGUUAUUUGCCUCCACCCAAACAGAAGACCUCCACAUUCUCAAUGAAGCCCUUCAUCCUUGCGUAACCCAACAAGUGAAUGAAGGAUUAAUCAGAGAUCCAACUGCGGAGGAGAUUAAAGAGGCUACCUUUGCGAUCAAUCUAGACAAAGCCCCCGGACCUGACGGUUUUUCAGCCAGUUUCUUCCAAGCAAACUGGGAGGUCGUGGGCCCGACUGUCAUCAAGGAGGUCCAACAUUUUUUCACCACGGGAGCCCUCAGACCCUCACAAAACAUAACAUACGUGAGAUUGAUUCCAAAGAUAGUGGGAGCAAAGACAGUGGCAAACUACCGCCCUAUAGCUCUUUGUAACGUCUUUUUCAAGAUUAUAUCAAAGCUACUGACAUUACGGUUAAAACCAGUCCUACAGCAUAUAAUCUCGGAGAAUCAAUCUGCAUUUAUUCCGGGGAGAGCCAUAGCAGAUAAUGUUCUUAUCACACAUGAGGUUCUACAAUUCCUAAAGACAUCACAAGCGCAAAAACGAUGCACUAUGGCGGUGAAGACUGAUAUGUCUAAGGCCUAUGACAGAUUGGAAUGGACUUUCAUCACAAGAGUUCUACAACGUCUAGGUUUUCAUGAAAAAAGGAUAAAUCUGAUCAUGCAAUGCGUUUCAACGGUGUCCUAUUCCUACCUCAUUAAUGAUUCAGCGCAUGGAAUGGUGAAGCCUAGAAGAGGAAUAAGACAGGGAGACCCGCUCUCCCCGUACCUCUUCAUUCUAUGCAGCCAAGUAUUAUCAGGGCUUUGUCAAAAGGCAGAAAGAGACAGUACCUUACAAGGCAUCAGGGUAGCAAGAGGCAGUCCAAGAGUGAAUCAUCUGCUUUUCGCAGAUGAUACUAUGUUUUUCUGCCAAACAUCCCCAACUAGCUGCGCCAAACUGAAAAGCAUCCUAGGGCUUUAUGAACAGGCCUCAGGUCAGCAGAUAAACGUUGGCAAAUCCUCCAUCACUUUCUCCACGAAAGCACCUCCUGAAAUAAAGAGAGCAGUUAAAGAAGCAUUGGGAAUUGAAAAAGAAGGAGGCUCGGGAAAGUAUCUGGGCUUACCCGAGCUUUUUGGAAGAAGGAAAAGGGACCUCUUCACAACCAUAGUUGACCGGAUCAGACAACAGGCCUCAAACCGCUCCACAAGACAUCUUUCCAAAGCGGGAAAGUUGACUAUGCUGAAGUCAGUGCUCACUGCAAUACCCACUUACACCAUGUCUUGUUUCGAGUUACCUAUCAGCCUGUGUAAAAGAAUCCAAUCAGUUCUAACUAGAUUCUGGUGGAACUCCUCGGAUGGCAAAAGAAAAAUGUGCUGGAUAGCGUGGGAUAAGCUAACUAAACCUAAAAACAGAGGGGGUUUAGGUCUCAGAGACAUCCAACUCUUCAAUCAAACAUUACUGGCUAAACAGGCAUGGCGCUUACUUACAAACCCAAACUGCUUAUUGGCUAGAGUGUUACUAGGCAAGUGCUGCCACAAGAAAUCAUUCCUAGAGGCCCAACUACCUAAGGUUUGCUCCCAUGGCUGGAGAAGUACCCUACAUGGGAGAGACCUACUCAAAGGAAACGUUGGCAAAGCUAUCAGAAAUGGGGUAAAGACAAAGGUUUGGAAAGAAUCUUGGAUCUCCCUAGACUCUAACCUCAGACCUUUUGGACCUAUUCCAGAGAAUGCUCUAGACCUAACAGUGGCAGAUCUACUUACUACUGAUAUGAAGUGGAACAGGAAGAUAAUUGAGGAAUUACUACCCCAGGUUGCAAAGGAGAUCCAAAUGAUACAACCAGGUCAUGCUCACGCGGAGGACAUCUUUGUCUGGCAUCCACUCCAAUCUGAAACAACAACAAAAGCCAUUAGCUUAGCUAGAGAAUGGAACAGUGCUCAACAUCAAACGAAACUACCCAAUCAGACACUACCUAGAGAAAGGCGGGCUCAGACAACCAACAAUGAGGAAGGCUACAUGAUUUGUAAAUCGGAUGCGGCAUAUGAAAAAAAGGCGAAGCGGGCACGAGUCGCCUGGAUCUUCUCAGACACAACCGGUAAUUGCAUCAAUCAGGGGACCACGACCUUCAACUCAAUUAGCUCACCACUCAUCGCAGAAGCAAUUGCCCUCCGAGCUGGUGUUCUUUCCGCAGUGGAUCUAGAGUAUCCAAAACUCAAAGCAUUCUCUGACAACUUAACGCUCAUCAGAGCUAUCAACAACGACAUGCAGGUGAAAGAGAUCUUUGGUAUUGUCAAAGAUAUACAACAGAUCUCUUCUGUUUUUGUCGAGAAAUCUUUCUCUCAUGUCUCUCGAGCUCUCAACGGAGAAGCCGAUCGACUAGCAAAAUUCUCCCUUUCAAACUCCUUUGUUUCAGACCCAUUAGUGGGCUAA